UCCUUCCCGUGCUACGAAGCGAGGCAUUUAAGCAAGGUGGUGGAGUGCGGUGUCUUACGAAGUAAGCAUGACUUUGGACUGCGGCAGAAGGUGUGUUGCUGAAAAUGAAUGCUGGCGUUGACGUUCGGGCUCCAGAGCGUCCAGACACCAAAUAUGUUUUUGUAUGCCUCAAGUGAGGGGAGGACGCGAAACCGGUUGGUAAGAGGAAGUGGACGACGAGUUUAUUCGGUGACUUAAUGUCAGCAGGGCGCACCUCUUCACGAGAUGGAUAUUCGAUAUAAUGCGGUGCUCUGGCGCCGGACUUUUAAUGGCGUAGUCUUGCACAAGACGAACUAGCAGCACAGCAGCAGCAGCGUUAGAAUGCUACACAGCUAGAUUGACAACAGUGUGCGGGGUAUAAAAUCAAACUCUUCUCGAGGCGGAAGCACAACACACACAUCCUUUCGGCUUGUUUGCGUCCGGGCUCCUCUGAUGGCUUCGAAGGUUCUGCUGGCGGCUUGUCUCUCCAUCUGCAUUGCUGCUGCUGCGAGUGCCAGAGACGGCAAGUUUGGUCCUCGGUUCAGCUACUAUGGUGGUGGGGGUGGUGGUAGUGGCGGGAGUGGAGGUGAUGUUGGUGGUGGUGGCGGUGAUGUUGGUGGUGGCGGCGGUGAUUCUGGUGGCUCUGGAUCUGUAGGAGGCACACCCGAUGUUGGAACGCCUCCUGUUGGUGAAACUCCCGACACUGGUGGUCCAGAUAUUGGAGCCCCGGACGUGGGAUCUCCUGACACUGGAUCACCAGAUGUGGAUACACCUCCGUCAUCUGGUUCCGGCUCAGUGGGAGGAGGAGGCUCCGGUGUUCCUUCUUACGGCGGUGGACAUGCUCCGCCAUCUUCCGGCUCUAGCCCAGUCGGCGGCACUCCAUCCGGCCCAGUCGGAGGCACUCCAUCCGGCCCAGUCGGAGGCACUCCAUCCGGCCCAGUUGGCGGCACUCCAUCCGGCCCAGGAGGAAGUGGAACUCCGUCUGGCGGCUUUGGAACUCCAGGAGCUGGAGGCACUCCAUCUUAUGGCGGAGGCUCGUCGCCAGGAACGGGGUCGGGGAGCUCACCAUCGGGUGGAGUUCCAUCGUCUGGCGGCGGCGGCGGUGGUGUUGGUGGCGACUGCUCAACGCCGCCAACUUAUGGAGGUGGCAGUGGCAGCGGAAGUGGAAGUGGAAGUGGAAGUGGCAGUGGAAGCUCCGGUGGUGCUCCUGGCUCUGGUUACUGAGGAUUUCCUUCGUUUUGCUUAGAAAUCAUCCAAAUAAUAGUAUCUAGCAAGUGGCUAGUUGCAUUC